GAACGCCUUUCAAAGUUCUCCCGACCAUACAGAAAAGCUGUCCCUUUCAUGAACAGCUCCGAAGUCUGUGUUGAUAUCUGUUUACAAAGACUUCGCGGAUCUUAGCUUGGGCUUAAUAGUGAUACCAGAGCUAUUUUACAACAAGUAGCCGUAAUACAACCUGCUUAUGACUUGAGAUGGAGAAGUUUGUUGCAUCAAUGGUGUUGAGUGCUGCAGGGGAUUCUCUAGGUUAUAAAAACAGCGAAUGGGAGUUUCUCUAUGAUGGAGAAAAGAUUCACAAGCAGCUUAAAGAUCUUGGAGGAGUGGCGAAUCUAAAAGUCAACAAGAAGAAUUGGAGAGUCAGUGAUGACACCAUACUUCACAUAGCAACUGGGGAAGCUCUGGUAUCUGACUGGUCUUCAAAGGAGGAACUUUAUCUAAAAUUGGCCACCAAUUACAAGGAAGGGAUGAAAGACAUGUGGGGAAGAGCACCCGGCGGAACUAUCCAGACAAGUGUAAAUCUCCUGCAGCCAGGCGAGCCAGAUGGGUACAUUAUUCCAUUCAAUCCCAAGGGGGGAGGGUGUGGGGCAUCCAUGCGCUCUAUGUGCAUUGGGCUUCUCUUCUAUCGACCAGAGCAUCUUGAUGACUUGAUAGCUGUUAGUGUUGAGAGUGGCAGGAUAACACACAACCACCCCACAGGUUACCUGGGUAGUCUUGCUGCAGCCCUUUUCACAUCUUAUGCCAUCCAAGCCAAGCCCAUACGUGAAUGGGGGGUGGGACUGAUGUCAACACUUCCAAAGGCCUUAAAAUAUGUACAGUCCAUCGGUCGAGACGUUAAGGAGAAUGAACAGGGCUGGUCAUACUUCACCGACAAAUGGACAAAGUACCUCAUGUUAAGGGGGAUUCUUGAUGGCACUAAUGAUCCUAAAUUCCCUGAAAAGGACACAGUAUCAGGUCGUGACACAUUCUACACCUCAUUGAGUUACGAAGGCUGGGGUGGGGCCAGUGGUCAUGAUGCCCCGAUGAUUGCCUAUGAUGCCCUGCUCGGAGCAGGGGAUUCGUGGGAGGAGCUUUGCCACCGUGGGAUGUUCCAUGGAGGUGAUAGUGACAGCACAGGUGUCAUGGCUGCGGCGUGGUGGGGUGCACUACAUGGGUUUGAUGGUGUUCCUUUAGGCAAUUAUAAAAAUCUUGAAUACAGAGAACGGAUUGAGAACAUUGCAAAGAAACUGUAUGAAAAAGCAGUAACUCUUGGUGAGACUUACAUAUAUAUAGCCAAGUGUUAUAGCAAAGCCAUGGACAAGAAAAUGCCACUUGAGAUGGAGAAGUUUGUUGCAUCAAUGGUGUUGAGCGCUGCAGGAGAUUCUCUAGGUUAUAAAAACAGCGAAUGGGAGUUUCUCUAUGAUGGAGAAAAGAUUCACAAGCAGCUAAAAGAUCUUGGAGGAGUGGCGAAUCUAAAAGUCAACAAGAAGAAUUGGAGAGUCAGUGAUGACACCAUACUUCAUAUAGCAACUGGGGAAGCUCUGGUAUCUGACUGGUCUUCAAAGGAGGAACUUUAUCUAAAAUUGGCCGCCAACUACAAGGAAGGGAUGAAAGACAUGUGGGGAAGAGCACCCGGCGGAACUAUCCAGACAAGUGUAAAUCUCCUGCAGCCAGGCGAGCCAGAUGGGUACAUUAUUCCAUUCAAUCCCAAGGGGGGAGGGUGUGGGGCAUCCAUGCGCUCCAUGUGCAUUGGGCUCCUCCUCUAUCGACCAGAGCAUCUUGAUGACUUGAUAGCUGUUAGUGUUGAGAGUGGCAGGAUAACACACAACCACCCCACAGGUUACCUUGGUAGUCUUGCUGCAGCCCUUUUCACAUCUUAUGCCAUCCAAGCCAAGCCCAUACGCGAAUGGGGGGCAGGGCUGAUGUCAACACUUCCAAAGGCCUUAAAAUAUGUACAGUCCAUCGGUCGAGACGUUAAGGAGAAUGAACAGGGCUGGUCAUACUUCACCGACAAAUGGACAAAGUACCUCAUAUUAAGGGGGAUUCUUGAUGGCACUAAUGAUCCUAAAUUCCCUGAAAAGGACACAGUAUCAGGUCGUGACACAUUCUACACCUCAUUGAGUUACGAAGGCUGGGGUGGGGCCAGUGGUCAUGAUGCCCCAAUGAUUGCCUAUGAUGCCCUGCUCGGAGCAGGGGAUUCGUGGGAGGAGCUUUGCCACCGUGGGAUGUUCCAUGGAGGUGAUAGUGACAGCACAGGUGUCAUGGCUGGGGCGUGGUGGGGUGCACUACAUGGGUUUGAUGGUGUUCCUGUAGGCAAUUAUGAGGAGGUGGAGUACAGAGAGAGGAUUGAAAACAUUGCAAAGCAACUAUACGAAAAAUCUCAGAUAUUAAGAGGCACUUAGACUGAGCAAAGCACUAAUGAAACCUUAAGAAGGUCAAAACAUCUAAAAAUAUUUUAUGUUUAAAUCCUCCUGGCAUUUAUUAUCUUUUGUGACACACACUGUUGAGACUGUUGACGAGAGCACUGCUUAUGUAAAGGAGGUGUAUGAAAUGUCAGGGAAAGAGAAGGUGCCAGGCGAGUCCCCCCCCCCCCCCCUACCUAAGUUUUUUUUUUAUGGCCCUGGUAUCAUAGCCUGCGUAUCAAGCGUUUCUGUGGAGUUUCAAGCGAAGAAUGUGGCCGCGCCGCACGGCCAUAUUCCUCGCUCGCUCUCUAUUCCUGCUGAAACUCCACAGAAACGCUUGCUACGCAGGCAACUGGUAUCAUUAAUGGCCUUCUGGGGCUGUUUUUAUCCUAUAUUACACUAGUCAAUUUAUCAAUUGUUUAAAAACCUUGAGGGGAAAGUGCUCCAAAAUCCAAAAGCCUGGCUACAAAAGCAAACGGUCUGUAAAAAAGUAAAAAUCUGUUAUUUCGGUGUAACACUUACGACCUAAUUAUGAUUGAGGUUUCGAGGGCCUAAGGACUUCAUUUCUCGUCAUUUCUAUGCUAAUGACUUGAAUUCUUGGCCAGAGUGAUUUUUGUCACUGGGAAAGUAUGACAGUUUAUAUGUAAAAUUGCUAUUCAUGCAUACAAACAAUAAAAUAAAAUGAUUGUUGUAGGAGAAA